AGGACUUCGGCCUUUCAGACUUAUUGCUGAAUAGGCUUUUUUUGGCUGAGUGAGCAUGCAAGAUAAAACAUGACCUCUUUGAAAGGAAUAGCAAAUGCUUUCAUUGAUAGCAAAGCUCAGGAGUUGUUUCAGCUGAGUGAUAAACUUUGGAAGAAUCCAGAACUUGCAUUCAAGGAGUUCAAGGCUCAUGAAUUACUGACAAACUUCCUUGAAAAAGAAGGUUUCACUGUGGAACGCUCCUACACUGGUAUCGAAACAGCUUUCAGGGCCACCUUUGGCUCUGGGAGACCCAAUGUGUGUGUGAUCUGUGAAUAUGAUGCUCUGCCUGAAAUCGGUCAUGCAUGUGGACACAACCUCAUAGCAGAGGCUGGAGUUGCUGCUGGUUUGGGUUUGAAAGCUGUUCUGGAAUCAAGUGAUGCCCCAAAGGGAAUGUUAACGAUUAUGGGCACCCCAGCAGAAGAAGGUGGAGCAGGGAAAGUGUUCUUGAUUGAGAAUGGAGCAUUUGUUGACAUUGAUAUUUCAAUGAUGGUGCACCCGUUCCCAUCCACAAUUGUUCAACCUAGCAUGAUUGCUGUGAAACAGCUCGACGUGACAUACACUGGCAAGGCGGCCCAUGCUGCUGCGUUUCCCUGGGAGGGAGUGAACGCAAUGGAUGCAGCUGUGAUGGCCUACACCUCUAUCUCUGCCCUCAGACAGCAAAUGAAGCCAACUUGGAGAGUCCAUGGAAUCAUCACCAACGGAGGAGCCAAACCAAACAUCAUACCAGAGAAAAGUGUGGUGUCAUACAAUAUUCGAGCACCUACCAGUACUGAACUUGAAACUUUAGCCGAAAAAGUGACGAAGUGUUUUGAAGCAGCAGCCACAGCAACUGGAUGUCAAAUUGAAAUCAGGGAACCAAAUCCAAUGUAUUUGAACCUCAAGAGCAACCCUUUUAUGUCCGAUCUGUAUUUUAAAAACGCAACUGAGCUUGGUUUUACAGAAAUGUCUAUGGAAGCUGAAGUCUCUGCUUCUACUGACAUGGGUAAUGUUUCACAUAUUGUACCCUCGAUUCAUCCUUGCUAUGCUAUCGGCUCUGGGGAAGUGAACCACACUCGAGAAUUCACUGCUGUGGCCAACACCCCUGAGGCGCACACAGCUACUCUGACUGCUGCCAAAGCCAUGGCUCACACAUGCAUCGAUGUGCUCACUACUGGCGGAAUGUUGGAGAAGAUAAAACUUUUAAAAAAUUAAUGUUUUACUAGAUCGAAAAAAGCAUGUAACACCUUUAAUAGUGUGGAUAUUAUUUUAUUUGUCUUUCUGUAGCUAUAAUUAUAGGGUAUAAAUUUUGAUUACUGGUUUGCUGCACUGGA